AUGUCCAAUAACUUGGGCACUGUUAACCUGAGCCUCGUCGAGGCUCCGGUCACCUGGCGCGCUUACCUGAUCUGUGGCUUUGCCAGCUUCGGAGGAAUUCUUUAUGGAUAUGACUCCGGCUACAUCAGUGGUGUUCUUGGCAUGAACUAUGUCAAGGAGCACUUCGGUCAUCCUGUUCCUAAGAGUGAUGAUGCCCCUACUGGUAUUCAGAUUUCUACUUCACGCAAGUCUCUUAUCACUUCUAUCUUGUCCGCUGGUACCUUCUUCGGUGCAAUCUUCGGUGGUGCCGUCGCAGAGAUAAUUGGUCGCCGUAUGGCAAUCAUGCUUUCCUGUCUGAUCUUCUCUAUUGGUGUUGCUGUUCAGGUUGGCACCACGUCUGUUGGAGGUUUGGUCGCCGGCCGUUUGGUUGCUGGUCUCGGAGUUGGUGGUGUCUCCUCGGUUGUCAUCUUGUAUGUCUCUGAAAUCAGUCCCCGUCGCGUCCGUGGUGUGCUUGUUUCCAUGUACCAGUGGGCUAUUACUAUUGGUUUGCUUGUGGCCUCUGGUAUCGAUCAGGCCUGCAAGAACCGAACAAACUCAACUGCCUAUCGCCUCCCAAUUGCUAUUCAGUUCAUCUGGGCUUUCAUACUUGCCGCAGGUCUUUUCGUUUUGCCCGAGUCACCCCGCUAUUAUGUUCGCUGUGGACGGACUGAGGACGCAUUGCGUUCACUUUCCCGGGUUCGUGGUCAGUCUCCCACUCAUCCCGCCAUCCAGGCCGAACUCGCUGAAAUCAAGGCGAACUUUGAAUAUGAGAAACGAAUUGCCAGCACCUCCUGGACCGAUUGCUUCAAGGGUGGUAUGUCGGCUAACGGCAAUCUUCGUCGCAUUCUUACCGGCACUGCCUUGCAAAUGUUUCAACAGUGGACUGGAAUUAACUUCAUUUUCUACUACGGAACCACCUUCUUCCAGCAGGUUGGCCUGCAGAACCCGUUCCUGAUUUCGACCAUUACAAACGUUGUCAAUGUCGUUACAACCCCCGCCUCCUUCUACAUGAUUGAGAAGUUCGGACGUCGUAGCCUACUGAUCUGGGGUGCCGUUUCUAUGUGCCUUUGCGAGUUCAUCAUUGCAAUCGUUGGUGCUGCCUCUCCUGAUGGACAAGCACCCUGGGUCGUCAUCGGCGAAAUCUAUCCUCUUCCCAUCCGAGCCAAGGGUGUCGCCCUCGCUACAGCUUCGAACUGGCUGUGGAACUGUGUCAUUGCCGUCAUCACCCCAUACUUGGUAGACAAGGAAUACGGCAACCUGAAGUCAAAUGUCUUCUUUGUCUGGGGCAGCGCUCUUUUCCUCUGUCUUAUGUUUGCCUAUCUCGUCAUUCCUGAGACCAAAGGCCUCACUCUCGAGCAAGUGGACAAGAUGCUGGAGGAGUGUACGCCUCGUAACAGUCCCAAUUGGACCCCUCACGAUACUUUUGCUCAUGAGAUGGCCGUUGCAGAGUUUUAUCAUGCCCGCUUGCGUGAGAAUAAGCCCGUCGCUUUCCACUCUAACCAGACAAUUCAUGCGGGUACUAUGGAGGACGUGACGAUUGUCUGA